AGAUAAUUCUCUCACUGAAUCUAACGAAGCGUUGUAGGCAAAAGAGCACAUGUUUUGCACGCGGACACAGUGACGGGAUAUUUGCCUGGAAUGGAGAACAGGGCAAAUAAAGAACUAACCCAAAUUUGUAACUGUGUGUCGUUGCGCCAUCAGCAAAACAGGGUCCAGCUAGAUAGGAUUUUCUAGAACACGGGAUGGGAUGUAUUACUCCGGAUUACUGGAACGGCAACGGCGACAAGAAAACCAACAUUUUGCGCCAGUCGUUGCUCUUCAUCUGCCAGACGGGCCGUCACGGCCCGCAGAACGGUUUCCGCCUCUGUGUCGUCCACCGGGGGUAUUGCAUUGAGUCGCCGACAAAGGUUGAAGGCACGCCCGAGGACGAUGUUGAUCGCCUAGAAAAGCCAAUUGCGCAGGUUGUGGUGCUGGGACAGGCGCCGAUUCUUAGCGACAGCGAGGGCGAGGAAGAGGACCAGGAGGUCAGUUUGAUGUCGCAAUUUGCUUCGCAUACAUACCGGUGCCUUGUCUUCUUGGACCAGGCCCAUACCAGAGGAACAGACCUGCGGCUUCCAGACUCGUACCGCCCUGCUGUGACGCUGGGUGCUGGCGUCACCAAAGACACUCUCGCCCAAGAAAUACAGACUAGGAUCCGCAAGCUGCGAGGUCUCGGCAGCGAACGACCGCUUCAGGUGGCCGACGUCCUGACCUGGUCUAUAUCGGAGACAUUGGCCGAGAUAGAUCGGCGUUAUCGGCCGCGUAUUGCCGAGACCGGCCGAGCCGGGCCUUCUGUUUUCGUCUCCAGGCUCGAAUCAAUGCCGGAGGUGGACUCUCGUCUAGCAGAGAUUAAGAAGAAGACCCCACAGAAAUGCGAGGAAUUCCGACCUGGGAUGACGGAAUCAUGGGCUGGCAGUCUCCAAGAGGAGCAGGAGCGCGAACUAGCCCCCGAGAUCGAGGAGGAGCGGCAAAUCGAGCGCCCGGCUCCUCGAAAGGCGGCUUGCCACCGUCUCCACGAAGACGUCGUCCUAUUCCGCAGCAGAAUAUACCUCUCACCCGCCGGCUUUCCCAGCGACGAGCAGGAUCUGCUCGUUACGGCCGAUUUCGCGCGAACCGUUGUCAACAGCGACGGCCAAGCGGUCUGUUCCGACACGUACCAGCGCCCUGUCCAGUGGAUUCUCACGAGCCAUGUUGACGACGACGACGACGACGACAACGAUGACAACAGCCUUCGCUACGGGAUGCGCAUGGUCGUUGUCAGCCAAUGGGAGGCAGACCAGCUCAAGUCCUGCAUCGCGAACACCGACGGUGCCGAGGCCUGCGCGGUGGCGCUGCACGCCUAUCUCCCCCAGCCAAGCCUGACAUUCCCUUCCCUGGACGACCUCCGCGCGUACACUGUCCCUCCGCUCCACCCCCAGGGCUGGGCAGCUUCGCCCGAGCUAAUAAUGCAGCUCAACCUGUUCGCAGGCCAGCUCUGCCUUGCAUCAUACAGCGAGUACGUCAGGCUCUGCCGCUUCUUGGGGCUUGCGUACACUCUGAACACGGGGGGCAUGGACAUCGCCGCAGACAGUUUUAGUGCCAGUCCAGUUGCGUUUCUGAACGCGCUCUACAAAAGGAUUCGCCGCGACUGUGUCGGAAUUGAGAAGACGCACAUGGGUUUUCUGAUCAUCGCUUGCUGGUAAGAUGUAGAUGAACACACAUGGAGAAUUGCAUGGUCAAGGCAGUUGGUACUCCGUACGAUAGCUUCAAUUAGCAGGGCUAGUCAUAGGCUCAGAAUGACAAAC